UUCCAGAUUCACGCUCCGGUAUUGGAGCAUCAUGAGGGUCAAUCCUCUUGCAUUUCUUAGCCUUACUGGAACAUCAGGCCAAGGGAAAAAAAGCGUGCAUGACUUUGGGAAUCCGAAUUACGGAGCCAGACACUUGGAGUACUGGAUACUGUUCGACCUGGAUACCAUUCAUAUAUUUAUUUCAUCUACAUCGGAGCCCUUGCUCGACGUCAGCGCUGACGUUGGCUCGUGUUCGAGCGGACCUGCUCACAAUGGACAUGCGGGGACGCUUGGUAAAUUGGGACCUCGAGAUUGACCCGCAUGUAUUGUGUUCGGGGAUGAGGGGGCUUUGUGGCUUGUUUCUAUCUGCAAUAUCGGCGUUGGCUGUCUCUGAAUCUCCUUUUCAUGCUGGGUAUUCUUUCUUGCGUCGUCUGGUUGCUUCUUUUGUGAAUAGGCUAUGGUAUCUUGAUUUCUGUUGCUUCUGUCCUUUGUUAUCGAGGGCUUGCCGGGAAUCAUUCCUGCGAUGUCUUGAGUCUGGCGAGGAGCACCGACCGAUUUUCCGCAGUAUCGGGUAGUAGGAGCUUCGAUGAUAUAUGAUGCUGUCCACGAGCUAUAUGUAGAUAUGAGCAUAUACGGCGUUAAUGUCUGGUUUUUACAUGGUUGUCUCUGGUUUUGACACCGGUGGUUCCAAGUUUGUUUGAUAAUCAAUCUACCUUCUAUUGACCUCUCAAAUCGCACCUGCUUGAUCUCUGUCCGUG